GUGGAAGUGUCAUUCAAAUCAAAAGGGCCCGGUUGGUAUAUUUAUGGGAGUUGGAAGAUUCUGAAAGAACGGAAUAAGAGGCAAAGGGACAACGAACGUGGCAGCUGGGUCAGUCAAUUUUCCAAAGAAGCAGUUAAAAAGACCCUUCCCUUCCCUGGAGUCUUUCUCUCUUCUUCGUCUUCUUCUUUGUUUACGGGUUCCGGUUGCCUACCAAAUUGAAAGUUUCUCUUCCAUAUCUUCUACGUAAGAUUUGGGACCCUGUAUUUCCUUAGCCGGGUCUUCCAGGGAAAACAACAAUAAUCCUCCCCCUCCAAAAGGGCAAAAAAAAAAAAAAAAACGAAAUUAAAAAAUAGAAGAAAAAGAGAGUCGGUUGUCUUGUUAGCUAAGCUACCACUCUUGAUUCGAAUCUUUAUAUUGAUUGGGCUCUAGUCUUUUGGUUUUAGGUUUUCUGUGGUCUCGUACGCUGUCCUAGUGUCCCAGGAGCUCGAUCAUCAGUUAUUAGAGAGAGAGCGAGAGAGAGAGAGAGAGAUCAGCUGGUCUUCUUCUGCAUAGGAUCAGUUUGAGCUGAUGGAUGGAAAUCAGGAGAGUCAGAUUGAGGGUUGGGAGGCGGAGGACGUGGAGUGCUCGAGGUCAAGGGUUUUGGGUCCGACCAUGGGGAACGGGAGGCUUUGCAUCAAGCUCAAGAUUCCCAAGGCUGAGUCUGUUGCUGCUGAUGAACAAGAACAUGUACGCCCUCCCGGCGCCGCAAUCGGAAAAGACUUACCUCGCAUCUGCAACAUAUGCGAUAAAGCCUUUUCCUCUGGAAAAGCCCUCGGCGGUCAUAUGAGAAUGCAUGUCCAAGCCAGAAACAAGGACCUCCUUCAGAAGAAUCAGAAGCAACUCGCCGCCGCCGCCGCCGCCGCUGAUGAUCUUUCCACUACUAUUCCACCCAAAGCCAAUAAUGCAACCGUUUCGAUCCUGGGCGAACCCACUUGCUACGUUUGCGGAAAGAAUUUCCCGACCAUGAAGGCGUUGUUUGGCCACAUGCGAUCCCAUCCUGGAAGGCCAUGGAGAGGAAUCCUGCCCCCUCCAACCGAGAAAAACAAUGACAGCUCAUCGUCUUCGACACUAUCGGAUGACAAGAUCGAUUCUGCUACGGGGGCCGCCGUCGUGGUUGAUUUGCCAAACUCUCUAUUGGGCUGGAAGGUCACUGGUCAGAGAGGCCGGAGAAGCAUCGCCUCGUCCACCAGCGCUUCGGGUUCUGGUCUUUCCCCCCCGGGUAUAGAGGAGGGGAUGCAAGAAGUUGUCUGUGAAGUACUCCUGAGGCUGGCUAAGGGGAAUCCAAGGAAAAGAUUAUAUGGCGACUCUGAGCCUGCAGAGGCCACUGACACAAGGAAUCUACUGUCGAAGAAGAAGCUAAGGAUUGUUGAAGCUGAAGCUGAUGCUGGAAGCAGCCGUGAAGAUCUAUCCAAAAAGAAUAUUAAGGACGACAAUGGGAAAGGAAAGGCGGUGCUAGAAACUGCUGAUCCACUGUAUAUGAAGCGGAAUAAUGCGGAUAUUGAAGACUUAGAUAGACAAAAGUCUAAUAACAGUACUGAGCUGGUUUCAGACAAUGAAAUAUUGGGGAAGACGAUGAGCAAGAAGAUGAGGAAGAAGAGAAAGAUCAAAUUUGUAGACUUGGAAGCACUGAAAGAUGGUGGUGUUCAGAGUAAGAAGCAGACUAUUCCUGUGACACCCAAUAGGUACAUAUGCUGUGUUUGCAAUAAAUCAUUCCCAUCUCACCAAGCUCUGGGGGGUCACAAAUCCAGCCACAACAAAUUGAAGUACAUCCAGACGACAGUGAAUGAAUCAGUAUCAGCGGACGACUCAGCUGCCGAGGAUUGUGGUGGACAUUAUGCCGAACCCACUACCCAAGUGGAUGAAGCUACAGCGGGCACGCACCAAUGCAAGAUUUGCGACAAGACCUUCCCAACGGGUCAGGCACUUGGGGGUCACAAGAGAUGCCACUGGACGGCCGGCCCUGUGGAAUUGCAAUCCAGUACUCAAGCAACAUCUCCUGGAGAAGCCAAAGCUCAAUCCAGUACUCAAGAAACAUCGCCUGAAGAAGCCAAAGCUCAAUCCAGUCAAGUAACGUCUCCUGGAGAAGCCAGUCAGACUGGUCGAAGAAUUUUGGAUUUUGAUCUCAAUGAGCUUCCGGCUAUUGAGCUUGAGGAAGCAGGUAUCGCUGAGUCUGUCAUCUGUAUGUAUGACUGAACAUGCAGCAGCUGGCCGGCGGGUUAUGAUUCUUGAUCUUCCUCUAACAGUUGAUCAGUACUCUAGGAACCUAACUAGUACAUUGAGGUCAGUAGCUCAAUUUUUGGCUUCGGCUUCUGAUAUAUGUCAGUUAGUUCUUUUGUCUUUUUCUUUUUUAGACUCGAUCUUGAAAAUACAGUUGAUGAGGAACCAUCUUGGUUGUUUCAUGGUAGGGUCUUUCAAGUCUUGCUUGUCCUUUUGUGCUUAUUUUCUUCAUGCAAAGCAUGAUGGUCCAGCAGACUAGCUAGCUUUUUAUGAAAGAUAUAUACAAAAGGGCCUUCUGUCUUUCUUUCUUUAGGAUGAUGAACUUGUAAAGGAGCUUGCAUUACAUCGAUCGAUUUGGUUCUUUAAUUUUUA